AUGGGGCAACUCUACUCACAUCUUGUCUUCCGCCCGCCGCCCGUUGUGUCUUACCAGUCGGUUGACGGCUACCUCAAGUACGUUCUGCCGGACGUCGCCGGCCUCCCCACCAUCCACAAAACCGAGCUCGUUUGGCUGCUCACCUCGCUGAACGUCCGCAUCCCCUGCGCCUGGGUGCGUCAUCCCGACGCUGAGUUUGUCAUAUUGUACGCCCACCAGAAUGGAGAGGACUUGGGUUCCAGCAUCCAGGACGCCCACACCCUCAGCCGCGCCCUUGCCGUCGACGUCUUCACCUUUGAGUACUCUGGGUAUGGCCUCUCCGAAAAGUCAAAGCGUCACGCUAAUAAACGGGGAAGGGUCCAAGUCCAACCCUCGCUAAAGGAGAGCGAUCGAACCAGGGUUGAACCGUCGGAGAAGGCCUGCUGCAGCGACAUUGAUGCUGCCUAUGCCUAUUUAGUCAACGAGGCGGGAGUCCAUCCGUCACAAAUCAUUGUCAGUGGAAGGAGUAUCGGGAGUGGCCCGGCUGUGUAUUGCGCCGCCUCGCAAAGCGUUGCGGGGCUCGUCCUCAUUGCCCCCAUUGCCUCGGCAGUGAGAGUCGCCUUGAAGAGGCUAAACAUAACCCUUCCUUUUAUUGAUACAUUUCCGAACAUCGACCGUGUCAGCAAGAUUCGUUGCCCUGUUCUUGUUGUGCAUGGCGACAUGGACGAACUUGUUCCCAAGCUGCACGGCGAGAGGCUCGUCGAAAAGAUCAAGCGAAAUGGCCACGCCGUCAAACCCCUCUGGAUCCCCGAGGCGAAGCACAACAACGUUGUCGAGGAUUUCCAGUCUGUCGUCUUCGGGAGAUACACACAGUUUCUUGAGGAGCUCAAGCAGAUGAAGUAUGACCGAGCAUCGUUGGAAGGCAUGCCCGACAACGUCAAGUACCAAAAGAUUUUUCCAAAGUCGCGCCGCAGGAGACAUCCAAUCGCCUGUCUCGGUGCCCCACGCACCUCAAUUGAUCAGUUUAGCACCUGUGGCCAGGUGGGUGAUGAUGACCGUAGAAGUCGCGAUAUUCGAAGGAGAACAGACGGGCUAGCGUGUCACCAGCACGAAUCUUAUCUAAGCAAGGUGCGAAAGUCGCAGUCGUGGCAUGUGCCAGCGGCUUCAGGGAAGGCUUUUUCAAGGCAAGGCGCUCCUUUCCUCUAUUCGCAACGGUCGCAUCACUCAGGUUCAAGAAUUCUCUCAUAA